ACCGAUUAUUACGUAGGUACCUUAUCUCUCCAGCAAGCAGCAAAGGGCGCCUACUUCGCGCCAUCCAAUACCUAGGGAUUCCCGAUACCUAGGUGGGCAGGUAGGCAUUUUGGUACUUCGUAUCAUCUCACCAAUUAUCGUCUAGCCAUUCUGGCAAGCCAUAUUAUUUAGACGGUUGCAACACCUGAACAGUACCUCAAGUUGCGUUGAGGAACUGCCUAGCUAGAGCGGCUAUCGGCAGUUACUGAUCUCGAACGGCGCCGCUCCGGCCCAGGCUGAACUACUGCGUAGAAGUGGCCCCUUCUAGCUCCAGCCUCCAAGCCAAGCAGGAAUGGCUAUACAACCCGCGCGGUUGAUCAGCCGAAAGGCUCACUUGAUACCCGGUCAGUUUCAUGUUGCCGAGCUCUUCUUCGAGGUGCCAAAGAACUACGCAAACCCAGCUGCCGGCACUCUGAGGCUAUUUGGUCGAACUGUCAAUAAGUAUGAGAGAUCGAUAACACCGCCUCUGCCGGCCGAGCUGGAGCAGCUUCACCAAAGGCCCUACUUCGUCUACCUCGAAGGAGGGCCAGGCUAUGGCAAUCGCGAGCCCCAAGAGCUUCCUCUGACCAGGUUCCUUCUGGGUCGUGGGUACCAGGUGCUGUAUCUGGACUAUCGCGGCACCGGCCUCAGCACCCCGAUCAACGCCGAAGCCCUUGCCAGGGAAGGGGACACCCAAGCGCAGGCAGACUACCUCAAGCUAUUCCGCCAAGACAACAUCGUCCGGGACCUGGAAGCGGUCCGCUUGUGCCUGACAGCUGAUCAACGACCGGACAGGCGGCAGUGGUCCAUCUUCGGCCAGUCCUUUGGCGGAUUCGUCUCCCUUACCUACCUAUCCAAGUACCCUCAGGGGCUUCGCGAAUCUUUCAUCACUGGUGGCCUGGCCCCCGUGCGCAGGACUGCCGAGGAGGUGUACCGGGCCACCUACAGGAAGGUUCUGGAGCGGAACCAGGCUUACUACGACAAAUAUCCCGAGGACGUCCAGGCAGUCCGUCGAGUCGUUGAAUAUAUCACGGCGCAGGAUGGCAUUGCCUUGCCAGGCGGUGGUAAAUUGACAGCCGGGAGACUGCUAAGCGUUGGCAUGUCAUUGGGAUUCCAUGGCGGGCUCGAUUCUAUCCACAGCCUUAUUCUCAAGAUGGUUACGGACCUCGAUCAGUUCUCUUUCCUUACUCGGUCGACACUCACCGCGGUUGAGCUCAGUGUUCCAUUUGACUCGAACCCAGUGUACGCCAUUCUCCACGAAGCCAUAUACUGCUACCAACCCGGAGUCUCGUCGAACUGGGCUGCCUAUCGUGUCGGCAGGGAGAUCAACGGGUUUUCCUGGCUAGCCGGUCAACCCCCCAGCCAGGAAGAAGGUGGAAUGGAGACUCCGCUGUGCUUCGCCGGGGAGAUGGUCUUCCCUUUCCAUUUCGAGACGUACCCAGAGCUCAUGCAAAUGAGGGAGGCCGCCCGGCUGCUCGCAGAAUACGACGGAUGGGAGGACCUGUACGACGAAGAGCAGCUGCGGCGGAACGAAGUCCCCGUCUACGCCGCCAGCUUCGUUGACGAUAUGUAUGUUGACUUCGAUCUAGCACGAGAGACCGCCAAGCUAGUCAGGGGUAUCCGGGUUUACGAAACGAACUCCCUGUACCACAACGCAAUCCGGGCACGGUCAGAGGAGGUCCUACCUCAGCUGUUCAAGAUGAGAGACGAUCCGGUCGAUUAGGGUGCUUCCCCUAUUGCUCGUCAUCCUGGAACUACAUGUCUUCUCUAUUCCGGCAGCGUCUUCCCCGCUGCUUGUCUGUGCUCCCUCUAGAUUUCGCAUCAUCAGCUGGAAAUCAGCGGUAUGUAGUCGGUCGCAUUAUUCGCAUUAGAUGAGUAUCUUAGGAUAGCUUUUUCCUCCAAUGCCUUCCAGAACUGUUCUAGCUCGGUGACUGCAAGCCCCCCAACGUAUAUGACAAACUCGUUGGCCCUGCCUCUUCCGUUGCGACUGAUAAUGCUAAACAGUUGAAACUCAUCGACGCAGGUGCCCAUAAUCCCGUGAUAAUGGGCAAAGGGACUCACGAAUACAC